AUGCCUCCAAAGCGGAAACCCGAAGAAAAGGCAGAAGGAGAAACAACAAUCAAAGAGGAAGAAGGAAAUGAAAAACUUAGGGCAACGGAGCCAGCAGGCAAGAAGAAAAGUGCCUGGACGGCAUCUGAAGACGACGCUCUGCUAAAGGCUGUGAUCGAAGAUCAGCAGGAUCGAGAAGCAGAAGGGAAUGGGGAUGAAGAGGAAGAUUGGGACGAGAUUGCAAAGUCAAUUCCAAACAAGACGCCUGUGCAAUGCUUGAAAAGGUACAUGUCUUUGAACAAAAAGGGCCAAGCCAAGGGGGCUCCAGAACCUCAAUCGGUACCAACAAUACCAACAAUACCAUUAGUACCUGUGGCGGCAGCAGCGGCGCCACCACCGCCGCCGCCACCACCACCACCUCCGCUUUCAUCAGCGUCUGGGGAAGAGGCGCUUGACAAUGCAGAAAUGCUGCCACCUCCUGCCAAGAAACCCAGAAAGGACACCGAUCCUUCAUCUAGAUGGACUAGUGAAGAGAUUGAACUCCUGAAAAAGCUAGUGGAACAGUACAAAGACACUGCCCCCCGUUGGAAUGAGGUCGCGGCUAACUUUCAUGAUCACAAUGCCAUUGACUGCCUCACAAAAUGGCAAACUCUGACGAAUCCUCCCGUCAUCAAAGGCAAGGGGUCGUGGACAGCUGAAGAAGACAAUGUCCUUAGAGAAAAACGACAGCUUUAUGGUAGGAAAUGGGCGAAGAUUGCUGCCCAUCUUCCGGGACGUCAGGGCAAGCAGUGCCGAGAACGCUUUGUCAAUCACCUAGACCCUGAACUGAAAAAGGGAGAAUGGACGGAUGACGAAGAAGCCAUUCUGAUUGCCAUGCAUGAACAUCACGGCAACCGAUGGGCCAACAUCUCCAAGCAACUUCCUGGUCGUUCCGAUAAUGAUGUCAAGAAUCAUUGGUACUCGACCAUCCAACGAAAAUUCCAACAGCACGGAAAAGAUAAACUGAUCCAAGCUGCACUGCAGCAGGUUCAAAUGAUGCAAUCCAUGGGGACUCUUCCGACCCAACAGCCGCCAACGACGACACAUUGGCCAUCCGGGCCGUACAAUCAGGCCACAACGGCGCCUCAUCAUGCCCCGCCUCCUCCCGCUUAUCCGCACCAUCACACGUAUCCGCAGGGAAGCGGUUACCCUCCUCCAUAUCCGCCACAACCACAACACCCCCCUGGCAGUGCACCGGACACCGGCGGUCCGCCACCUCCCUAUAUGUACCCACCUCAUCCUUCUCAACAUCCUUCUCACAUGCCACCUCCACAUCCUUACUACCAUCCACACUAUCCACCUCCUCCACGACAUGCUGCGCCUCCUCACGGAGCCCACGGAUCGUCGCCACCUUCUGCGCAUGCUGCGGCGCGUCCUGGAGGACCACCAGGAGACGGCUCGCCCAACAAAGACGGAUCUCCGGCCAAAGAUGGGGCUCCGAUGGAUGGUCCAGGGCAAUACCCCCCAAUGCCGCCUCCCGACUACGGUAUGCCGCCCAUGGGAACGUCUCCACGAGGACAAGACCCUCGGGGUGCACCACCUGUUGAAAUGCGUCGCUCAGUGGAGCGACUGCUUUGUCCCCGCCUGCAUGAUGCAUCAUCGGGUUGA